GGCUUGACUCCCAGAAGCCAUGAAGCUGCUUGUGCUGCUCUGUUCUGUGCUGCUGCUCUCUCUGUCUGUUCUGUCAGAAGAUGACGGGAGUCAAGAGACAGAUGAAGUGAGCCAACCUGAGCAAGGAGAGUCGGGCUGUGAGCAUGCUCCAAAAGUCUGCACCAAGGAGUAUGAUCCGGUCUGUGGCUCCGAUGGAAUAACAUACAGUACCAAAUGUUCUCUCUGCCAGAACAACAGGGACAAGAAGCUGGAUGUGACUGUGGCUCACAGAGGAACUUGUGAACAUGAACAUUCUUCUAACUGAGCACCACUCUGUCUCACAUACAUACUUUCAUGUGUGUAUUAAAAAGACCAUAUCCACUCACUCAUUAAAGCUGAAUACUGCA